AUGCAGGCCCCCACGGAGCACCGAUGGAGCCCAUAUGCUGACAACGGAGGAACGUGCAUGGGAGUUGCAGGUGAAGACUUCGUGGUGGUGGCAGCUGACACCCGUCUCAGCCAAGGAUACAGCAUCCACACACGGGACUGCAGCAAAGUCACGCAGCUGACGGACAAGUGCGUCAUCGCGUCCUGCGGCAUGAAGGCUGAUGCCAUCACCCUCCACAAGCACUUGAAGGCGCGUAUGGUGAUGUAUGAGCAUCAACACCGCAAGCAGCCAUCGGUCACAGCGAUUGCUCAGAUGCUCGCAACUACGUUGUACUACAAGCGCUUCUUCCCGUACUACACCUUCAACGUUCUUUGCGGCAUCGAUGAUGAAGGUAAAGGGGCGGUGUAUCACUACGACGCCAUUGGUAGCUUCGAGCGCGUCCCUUAUACCACAAGCGGCAGCGGAAGUUCCUUGGUGAUGAGUGUGCUGGACGCGCAGAUUGCAAAGGGGAAUCAGACAAUUGACACGCCUGCCCUGGACAAGAGAGGCAUUGUAGAACUAUGCAAAGACGUCCUUUCUUCAGUUGGGGAGCGUGACAUCCACACAGGUGACUAUGGCGAGAUCUUCUUGAUUGAUGCGGCGGGCGUUUCCCCUACACGUUUCGACCUGAAGCUAGACUGA